AGUAACUCCAGAAACAGACGCAAAACUCAAUGCUUGCUCCUCAAAGCAAUGAUAUAUGAUGAACUCUCUAUAUAUGCACCUUCUGAGUUUGCCUAGCUACUUGCAUUCGAUAGAGAGAUCAUAUAUAGAGAUGACCGUGAAGAUGAAGCCCAACUUUUCCUUACUGUCCAGACUUAUAGUACUACAAUGCCUAUCAGUACUGUGCAGUUGUCAGGAUUUUGAUUUUUUCUACUUUGUUCAGCAGUGGCCAGGAGCAUACUGUGACACAAAGCAUAACUGUUGCUACCCGAAGACUGGAAAACCUGCAGCAGAUUUCAGCAUUCAUGGACUCUGGCCUAACAACAAGGAUGGCUCUUGGCCCUCUAACUGUAAUCCUGAUAGCGUCUUUGAUAAAUCUCAGAUUACAGAACUGAUUAGCAAUAUGGAAAAGGAUUGGCCAUCACUAAGCUGUCCAAGUGGCAACAACCUGAGGUUUUGGUCUCAUGAAUGGGAAAAACAUGGAACCUGCUCAGAAUCUGAGCUUGAUCAGCGUGACUACUUUGAAACUGCUCUUAAACUCAAGCAGAAAGCCAACCUCCUCAACAUCCUCAACCACGCAGGGAUUAAAGCUGAUGAUGGAUCGUACAGUUUACAAAGAAUUAAAGAGGCUAUAAAGAAGGGCGUUGGGUUUACUCCUGGAAUUGAGUGCAAUGUGGAUUCAAGACACAACAGCCAGCUUUAUCAAGUUUAUCUGUGCGUGGACGCUUCUGGGUCAGAUUUUAUUGAGUGCCCUAUUCUUCCCACAAGCAGAUGCAGUUCACAAGUCCAGUUUCCCAAGUUUUAAGACAAUUACUAAUUACAAUGAAAGAUAACAGAAUACGUUUUAAUUUGUUGGCUUCCUCCAUAAUCUUUAAUAUUGUCUCUGGAUUGUUUCAUUCCUAUUCUUAUCAUUUACUCCAAUAAUCUGAUUGAUGAGUUGUGGCUAAGCUACUCAAACACGAGCUCGUUUACCAGAUGCUUGUCCCUGGCACUUUUGUUAUCAAUCAUCAUUACUUCUUCGAU